AUGUCUGAUGAAGUUUUUAGCACAACUUUGGCAUAUAUAAAAAGUCCAAAAGCCACCAAAAGAACUACUUUCCAGGAUGAACUAAUAAAAGCAAUUACAGCUCGCUCAGCCAGACAAAGGAGCUCUGAAUACUCAGAUGACUUUGACAGUGAUGAGAUUGUUUCCUUGGGUGAUUUCUCUGAUACUUCAGUAGAUGAGAAUUCAGUUAAGAAAAAAAUGAAUGAUUUUCAUAUAUCAGAUGAUGAAGAAAAUAAUUCUCCAAAACUAUCUUUUUUGAAAACCAAGAAAUCAAACAGUGACAUAAUCAAAGGUGAGCCAGUAUCUUCCAUCAAAAACAAUGAAGAAGUAGCACCAGGUGGUGGUGGAGACACUGUUGUAAAUUCCUUAGCUGAGCCACAAAAUAAAGAUCAGGAAAUUGAAAAGAAGAUGAAAGUGAAACCGAAACCCAGAAGUCUUCCAGUCAAAAGCAUAUCUGCAGAAGAUAACAGCUGUGAUACAGAUGCCCACUUUAAACCUUCACCUCGACCAAGGAGCAUGUUAAAAAAGAAUAGUCUCAGGGAAGAGAAAGAAAUGCUAGAAGAAGAUAAGGAAAUUAUCCUUGGUGAAGAGUUAGACUUGCGUUCUGUACCUUGUUCUCCACCAAGGCUGAAUGGCAGACUAUUAGAAGCUGAGAAAAGAUCAUUCUCUGAAGACCUUGAUCCUGAGUGUCCAUCGGUAACAAGUCUAGUGUCAUCAUCACUUAAAGAAAGUCUUGGAGAUUCUUUCUCACCAGCAUCUGGGGAAAAAACAUCCAUUGCAGAUCAGAAUGAAGAAUUCACUGAAAACUAUAGUUCCUUGAAGUCAAAAGAAAAUGAAGAGCACUUAUUUUUGAAAGACUUUGCUCCUACUGCACCUGAGAAACCCAAGCAAAGUCAACUGACUGCUGAUAUCCUUAAGGGAGAAAAGGAGAAAACAGAACUGAUUACGGAUGAUGAAUUAACAGUUGAUACAGUUGACGCACUACUGUUUAAAUCUCAGAGUGUCUUGAUAUCCACCAAUGCAACUGAAUCUGCAAAGAAAGUAAUUGAAGAUAGAAAUAUGAAGAAUAAAAAGUCAACAAAUAAUAGAGCAUCGAGUGCAUCUGGCAGACUAAUGACCUCCGCAUUUUUAAAGAAAUCCAGUUCUGUAAGGAGAACUAAGUCAGCAACUACCUCUUCUCAUUAUUUGGGGACUUUGAAAAUUUUGGACCAAAAGCCCUCACAGAAACAGGGUGUUGAGCUUGACAAAGCAGAUGACAUAAGGGCAGCUAUUUAUCAGGACUGGUUAGAAAAAAAAAAUAUUUAUUUACAUGAAAUGCACAGAAUUAAAAGGAUUGAAAGUGAAAACUUAAGGAUUCAAAAUGAACAGAAAAAAGCUGCUAAGAGAGAAGAAGCAGUAGCAUCAUUUGAGGCAUGGAAAGCUAUGAAAGAAAAGGAAGCAAAGAAAAUGGCUGCAAAGAAGAGGCUUGAGGAGAAAAGCAAGAAGAAAACUGAAGAGGAAAAUGCUGUGAGAAAAGCAGAAGCACUACAAGCUUUUGAGAAGUGGAAAGAGAAAAAGAUGGAGUAUCUUAAAGAGAAAACUAAAAAGGAGAAAGAAUAUGAAAGAGCAAAGAAGCAGAAAGAGGAGGAAGCUGUUGCUGAGAAAAAGAAAUAUAACUUGACUGCAGUUGAAAAGUGGAAUGAGAAAAAGGAAGCAUUUUUCAAACAAAAGGAAAAAGAGAAAAUAAAUGAGAAAAAAAAGGAAGAACUGAAAAGAGUUGAAAAAAAAGAUAAAGAUAAACAGGCUCUUGAUGAAUAUGAAAGAUGGCUGGAAAGCAAAGAAAGACAGGAGAGAAUUGAACGAAAACAGAAGAAAUGUCAUUCUUUUCUUGAAAAUGAGGCACUUCCUCCAUGGAGGUCUUCAAGUAGAACUGUAUUCUCAAAAGUGUUUUAUUCUAAUUCUUAUCAUAUUUAG